AUGUUUUUACUGAAAAGCCCUGUUAGAGAAUGUAUAAGAUUAGGACAGGCAUCCAUUAAUGGUAUUUCAGAAAGGCUAUUUGAAUUUAGAGCUUUUAUUCCCCGUGAAUUUUCCAGAAAGUGUAGACUUUUAAGUGACAUUGAAAGAUGGAAAGCAGUUGAAUUUAGACAAUUUUUAUUAUAUAGUGGAAUUGUUGCACUAAAAGGACAUCUGUCAAACACUGUUUAUAAAAAUUUUCUUUUGUUUUUUGUUGGGAUUCACUGUUUAGCUAGUCCAGACCUGUGUGCAAGUCAUGCAGAUUAUGCAGCAACUCUCCUUUGUACUUUUGUCGAAAAUGCUAUGGAAAUUUAUGGUAGAGGAUUUAUUAGCUACAAUGUACAUGGCCUGAUACAUAUAGCAGAAGAUGUAAAAAAAUUUGGACCACUUGAUAACUUCUCUGCAUUCCCAUUUGAAAACUUCCUGGGACAUUUAAAGCGUUUAAUGCGUAAACCACAAUCAUCUCUUCAAUAG